AUGGAUCAAAUUGUUGAAUGUGUGGAAUUUCCAAUAACUAUUCCAAAUCAAAAAGCAGUUGAAAAGGUCAUUAAUAAAGCUACAAUAGCUAAUAUCUUAACUUCAUUGGCUGUUGGUAUUUUAUCUAAUAAUUUAUUAUAUAUUGUUUAUACAUUUGCUGCUCUAUUGAUAAUAUUGUUAUUGAUAGUUUGUCCAAAUUGGUUAUUCAAAUCCCAACCAUCAAUUGAAUGGUUAAAUAUUAAAUACUAG